CCGCCGUGCACCCCGCACUGAGGUCUGUCAUUGUAGAACGAUCGUCCCUUUUAAAGAGUGACCUGAGGUUAAACUUGGUGAACAUGAUGAAGCAGGGAGUUCUCAUCAUAUUCCUGUUGAUGGUGCUUCUGCUACCCAGUCCUGGUGAAUGCUUUUCAAGAAGACGAAGACGCCGACCACCUGUGUCAGCCCCAAAGCCAGCAACAUCUGAUACUCGGAGCUAUAUGAUGUUUGGCACUGGUGGCGCUUUCCUCGUGGUAGUCGUUCUUGCUGUGGGUGGUGUCUGCUGGCGGAAGCGGACCAAGCAACUCCCUACUACUGCACCGACUCCCAACAACGAGAGUGCCGAGAUGGCGGGCGACGAUGAACCUGGUCCCGAGAUGUGAACGGCGGCAGAUUUGGACAGGGAUCGAGCGAGCCUCAUAAUUCCCCGGAAACCGGCUCUUGUGUUACUUGAUAAUGAUUUUAUGUUAUUGGCUCUUUGUUUAUUUUGCACACAAGCAGCUAUAGGCCUAGUAUUCGUCUCUAUAAUGUCUCUUCUCUGUCUUUGAAUUGAUAUUUUCGUCCGUAGUUGAUAUUUUCUUUUUUCCCUGGAACAUUUUUCUUACGAAACGAUAAAUAUUAGAUCGUUAAAAUUUCAUACCCCUUUUUUCUUCCAAAAAUGAUUUCCCCCCCCCCCCCCUCU